AUGCCAAGUAAAUAUGACGAUGGAGAAAAUCGUUUAAAUGAAUAUGAAGUAAUAAAAAAGAUUGGAAAUGGAAGGUUUGGUGAAGUAUUUUUAGUGAAGCAUAAGAGGACACAAGAGUUUUUUUGUUGGAAAGCUAUAUCAUAUAGAGGCUUAAAAGAGAGAGAAAAAUCGCAAUUGGUUAUUGAAGUAAAUGUAAUGAGAGAAUUAAAACAUAAAAAUAUUGUUAGAUAUAUUGAUAGGUUUUUAAAUAAAGCAAAUCAAAAAUUAUAUAUAUUAAUGGAAUUUUGUGAUGCUGGUGAUUUAUCACGAAAUAUUCAAAAAUGUUAUAAAAUGUUUGGGAAAAUAGAAGAACAUGCUAUUGUAGAUAUAACACGGCAAUUAUUGCAUGCUCUAGCAUAUUGUCAUAAUUUAAAAGAUGGACCAAAUGGAGAAAGAGUUUUGCAUCGCGAUUUAAAACCACAAAAUAUUUUUUUAUCAACAGGAAUACGUCAUAUAGGAAAAAUAACUGCGCAAGCUAAUAAUUUAAACAAUAAACCUAUUGCAAAAAUUGGUGAUUUUGGAUUAAGCAAAAAUAUAGGUAUAGAAAGUAUGGCACAUUCGUGCGUUGGCACUCCAUACUAUUGGUCCCCUGAGUUAUUAUUACAUGAAACAAAAAGUUAUGAUGAUAAAAGUGAUAUGUGGGCUCUGGGGUGUAUUAUAUAUGAAUUAUGUUCAGGUAAAACGCCUUUUCACAAAGCAAAUAAUUUUUCUCAGCUAAUAUCAGAGUUAAAGAAGGGGCCAGAAUUACCAAUAAAAGGUAAAUCCAAAGAAUUAAAUUUUUUAAUUAAAAAUUUGUUAAAUUUAUCUGCAAAGGAAAGGCCUAGUGCUUUACAAUGCUUAGGAUAUCAAAUCAUAAAAAAUGUUACACAUUCUGCUGGUAAUAGGAGGGAUAACAGUUGUACAGAAUUAAGUAAUACAAAUAAUUGUAAAUCUAUAGAGCCAAAAAGUUAUAUUGCUUCUCAAAAUGCUUUAAUAAAUAAAAGAACAAAUGAGCAUGAACGACCGCCGAGUUGUGUGAGUAGGCAAGUUAGUAACACAUUAAAUAAGGAUAAUUUUAAAUAUAAUAAAGAAUCCAAUAUUAACUCUCAUACCAUAAAUGGAAAAUAUAUAAAUAAAGAUGAUAAGAUAAAGAUAUAUGAUAUUGAAAAAGAAAAAAUGCAAAGAGAAUUAUUAGAGAGAGAAAAAUUAGAGAGAAAUCGAAUAGAGAAGGAAACUGCGAAAAGGAAGGCUAUGGAAAUAAAAAUAUUGGAAAAAAAACAGAUCGAAAUGGAAAGAAUGGAAAGGAUUGAACGCGAUAAAAAAGAUAGGUUAGAGAGGGAACGAAUUGAGAGGGAACGAAUUGAGAGAGAACGAAUUGAGAGAGAAAGAGUCGAAAAGGAGCGUGUAGGAAGAGUGGAAAGAGAGCGGUUGGAACGGGAACGGAUGCAAAGAAUAGAAAAGGAAAGGAUAGAGCGCCUUGAUAGAGAAAAAAUGCAACAGAAAAUUGAACGGGCGAUGAUGGAAAAAACUAGAAGAGAAAAAUAUUUUUAUAAAGAAAGGGAAACCAGUAAUAAUAGUGCUCGUGUUGAUUCCGUUAAAAAUGGAAGAACCCAACCAAAGAAUCAAACAUGUAGCAAUAAUAGUUAUUCCAGAAUUAAAGAAACAUAUAAUCAUAUAAAUAAUUAUAAAGAAUACAUAUAUGAUAAUAGAAAAAAAAGUAAUUAUGAAGAUACAUAUGAUAAAUGUGACAUGAAUACAUAUAUAAAAAAUAAUACAGGAAGUGGGACGCUAUCAAAUAAGAAUAUACAUAGUUAUAAUGGUAAUGGCACUCGUAUUAAUAAUAAUUAUGUUGCUUCCGAUUGCUACAGCGGUUAUAAUAAUAACAAUACUAUAAGUCAAUAUAGUAAUAAUUGCGUAGAUAGUGUUAAAUUUAAAAAUGAGAAUAAUAAUAAAUAUCAAAUAAAUAUGUCAAAAAAUGCACAAAAUCAUAGCCGAUAUAAUGAAGAUAUCGAUCCUGGUUAUAGAACCCCCCCUUAUGAAAUGAAUUAUAAUGAUAAUAAAACAAGUAACAUUAGCAAUAAUAUCAGUGCUAAUAUCAACAAUAAUGUAAGCAGUAAUAUCGGCAAUAAUAUAAGUAGUAAUGGAAGCAAUAGCAUCACCAACAAUAGUAGUAAUAUUCAUAUAAAUAAUUAUAAUAGCGGUGAAAGAACCUGCAGAAGUAGCAGAAUAUCAAAUGUAUAUUUUAAUGAUAACGCUAGAAGAAGUGUUAGUGCUAUACCCCAUGUAAAUAACAAUAUCAACAGACGUAAAUCGAGUAUACAAAUGUUUGAAGAUGAAUCCUAUAACAAGCACAAUGCUGAUGAAAGUAGAAGUUAUAAAAACCUUGAAAAAGAUAGAGAAUAUUUACUCGAAAAGAGAAAAUUACUUUUGGAGAAAGAAAAGGAGAUUUACGAACUAAUUAAACAUAGUAAUAAUUAUAACUAUUCUAAUAUGCAGAGAUAUGAAAGGUGCGAAAGCAUAGGGAAAACAAAUGACACAAGCCGACGUAACAAAAGUUUAACAAUUUGUAUGAAUGAUCAAGCAAAAAGAACUUCUUAUAAUUCCAAAAGAGAGAAUGAUAGCGAAGAAAACGACUAUGUUAUGAAAAAUCGAAAUAUUUAUACCUUGAAAAAUUUGGUUCAUAACAACGGUGAUGAUAUAUAUGAUAGAAAAUUAUAUUCUUGUAGAUAA